CGAAGAAGAAGAAGAAGAAGAAGAAGAAGAAGAAGAAGAAGAAGGAUGAUUAUUAUUAUUUAAAUGUAACCUUUAUUUAACUAGGCAAGUCAGUUAAUAACAAAUUCUUAUUUACAAUGACAGCAUACCCCGGCCAAAAAAGAAGAAGGAAAAAAAGAAAGAAAAAGAAAAAAAGAAGACAGACCGACAGUUUGUUUUGAUUUUCUUCCGGGUUGGAAAUCUAGCCGCCAAAUUGAAGUGACCUAAUGUGCAUAUGUUAUUAAGAGGUACUAGAUAUCUCUAAUUUACUUAAUAACUCCAUGCAAGCGUCAUUCUUUUUAUUUUGGCAUUCACAUACGCGUAUCAAACAUUGUUCAAUCUUUGCUGACAACUUCCAAAACUACACUAGCUAGCUAAAGUUAGCUAGCUCACACGGAGGACACAAUGGAAGAAGCGAGAAAAGGUGUUUUGGGGCACUUGAACAUGUUGGAAAUGAAGGCGAACAACUUGGAAUUAAAGCAGCAGGAACUUCGGCAGAGAGGUCGGCAGGAAGAGCUGAAUGCAAACCUACAGGCACUCCUCAGUAAAAGAGACCAGUUAAAAGCUGAAAUAAAGGCAAACACGUCUCUCCAGAAGAUGAGAACUCUACUGGACCGAACAGGUGUUCCAUAUGAGAGGAAUGAGGAUGUUGAUAACCUGGAAGAUGGCUCAGAUAACUCACAACUUCUGCUGAUGAUGGCCAGACACACACAACUGAAGGACCUGCUUCAUGCUCAUCAUCUUAUAGGUGGGUAUGAUGUCCUCCAGACUCGUAAAGGUAAAGGGGUGUGUGUCUCGUUGGCCACUGCGUACGAAGGCGUCUACCUUGAGACAUAUAACCUGGAGUUAGAUCUGGGGUCUAACCUGAGGAUCUGCCGACAUAACAUCCCCCCGUUCAUCCCCUUGGAGAGGCUUGUUACGAAGGGCAACAUGCAGACAGACAUCAGGGAUUUCCUGGACACCCUCAGCCAGUAUCUCAAUGCCUACGCUGGCCGCAAGCAGCAGCUACACCUCACCAAGGAGAUCCAUAGCUCUGUUCAGGUGGCGGAAAGUAAUGCUCUCUGUACUAUACUGGUGCUGAUGUUCACUAUACCAGGAGAGAAGGCCGAGGCUACACUGUGUACCCUGCAGUAUGCUGACCACACACAGUGCCUGCCCACCCGGGUCAACAUAGAGUCUGAAGACACUGCGCUGGUGAGUUCUCCACAAUGGAAGAAGAACCAAGCCCUACUCCUGGAGACUCCAUUACACACAGCUUUGGUGACCAUGAAGAAGACUGGCAGUAUCGCUUAGUCUGAUCACAGUAUGCUGUAAAUACGCUCAAGACUGAACAGUUGUUUAUGUCAAUGUAUUUCAUUUAUUUUUGACAUGUCAUUUUAUACUCAUUUCAUUGGCCGUCACGAUCUAUUAGUUGUCUGUUAUGAGUAUACAAAACAUUAGGAAGUAAUAUUGAGUUGCACACCCCCUUUUGCCCUCAGAACAGCCUCAAUUUGUCGGGGCAUGGAGUCGAAAGCAUUCCACAGGGAUGUUGGCCCAUGUUGACUCCAGUGCUUUCCACAGUUGUGUCAAUUUGGCUGGAUCUACUUUGGGUGGUAGACUGGUGCGCCUGGCACCUACUACCAUACCCCGUUCAAAGACACUUAAAUCUUUUGUCUUGUACAUUCAACCUCUGAAUAACACACAUACACAAUCCAUGUCUCAGUUGUCUCAAGGCUUAAAAUUCAUUCUUUAACCUGUCUCCUCCCCUUCAUCUACACUGAAGUGGGUUUAACAAGUGACAUCAAUAAGGGAUCAUAGCUUUCACUUUUAUUCACCUGGUCAGUCUGUCGUGGAAAGAGCAGGUGUUCUUAAUGUUUGGUCCACUCAGUGUAUAUCUUUUUGAGUUCAUGUACUUGUUAUUCAACAUUGUUUGCACAUGUAUAUAUUUUUGUUAAUAAAAAAGUAAAAUGCCCAUUUUA